ACCUGAUGGGAUAAUUUGAAUAGAAUAUAGAAGGGUGGAGGAAUGAACGAUCGGAGUAGCAACCAUGUCCAGUGGAUGCAAAAUCAGAGCUAUAUGGAUUCUGAACAACCUCGACGUUGUCGUUUUCUCAAGGAGAUUUCCGGUGGUGGAGAAGCGUUGGCGAGCUGCUUGCAACGCCGGCAAUGACUCCGAUCAACUCUUCACUUCCUUACCCACUAACUCCGACCUCACUGAUGCCUUUCUCGACCGAAAGCAUAGGGAGGGAUCUGCGCGAGGUUUUGGGAUACGCAAGAGUAAUUCAACUCUGGGAUCAGAUUCUUGGGUGGAUGAUCCCAUAACUCGUCAUGUUGUCGGUCUUUACAUUAACAAAGAAGAGGAGGACAUCAAGAAUCUGUUGUGGCCUUUAGUCUUGCACACGAAGGGCCUUUACAGUAUACUUAUUCUACCAAUGGUUGAGCCUAGGCAUUUAAGGGCAUAUGCAAGGUUGUGUAAAAGAUCUGAUUGUGGAACUGCUCUUGGCAUGGAUGAUGGCUUGUCUUCCCUCUUGUUGGAUCUUCCAUCGGUAACAGGGGCUUUUAUGGUAGCACAUGCUAUUGGGGACUUAAUUACCGGCGACACCGUAGAACCAGAAGUGAUUGUAAGUGCAGCUCCCUCUGUUGGAGGGCUUUUUGAUUCACUCACUGGUAGUAUAGGCAUUUCUUCCAGGGCAAAACCUGUAACUCCACCUGUUGCUUCUUCAUCCCCUUCAAGUACAUCUGUACCAGGGUCAGUUACAGCCGAUGCUCCAAAAAUUGGGUCUAGACCAUUGGAUAAAGAUGCACUCAGAACAUUUAUCAGUAGUUCAAUGCCCUUUGGCACACCCUUGGACCUUAAUUAUUCUAAUAUUUUUACUAUAAAGGCCAAUGGUUUUUCUGCAACGGAUUUGCCUCCUUCGGACCAAAAGCAGCCAGCUUGGAAACCAUAUUUAUACAAAGGAAAGCAGAGAAUAUUGUUUACCAUUCAUGAGACUAUUCACGCGGCUCUGUAUGACAGAGAUGAAAUUCCAGAUACUAUAUCAGUUUCUGGUCAAAUAAAUUGUCGAGCUGAUUUGGAAGGGUUGCCAGAUGUGUCAUUUCCCUUGGGUGGGUUGCACAGAGCAAGCCUUGAAGUUUUAUCAUAUCAUCCUUGUGCUCAAGUUUCAGAUCAAGGUUUGGACAAGCAAGGUGUGAUGUUUUCUCCACCGUUAGGUAAUUUUGUGUUGAUGCGUUAUCAGGCAACUUGUGGCCUUGGACCCCCCUUAAAGGGAUUCUAUCAGUUGUCUAUGGUUUCUGAGGACAAAGGCGCAUUUCUAUUCAAGUUACAUUUAAUGGAAGGAUAUAAGGCCCCUUUGACAAUGGAGUUCUGUACCGUGACUAUGCCCUUUCCUAGGAGGAGGAUUGUGUCUUUGGAUGGGACUCCUUCUGUGGGAACAGUUUCAACUUCAGAGCACUCUGUUGAAUGGAAAAUUGUGACAAGUGGCCGAGGACUGACUGGAAAAAGUAUUGAAGUGACCUUCCCUGGAACUGUCAAGUUUGCAGCAUGGAAAAACCAAAGGUUGUCUUCCUCCAUGUCAUCCUUUGGAAUCGAUGCUGACGAGGAUAGUGAUAAUGAGGCAGAGAAUGCCAGUAACAUGGUUAACGAAGAACAUUUGAUGGAGAAAAUGAAUAAGGAUCUUCCUCCAGUUGAUUUAGAGGAGCCAUUUUGCUGGCAGGCAUACAAUUAUGCUAAAGUAUCAUUCAAGGUUGUCGGGGCAUCAGUAUCUGGAAUUGCCGUUGAUCCUAAAUCUGUGGGCAUCUAUCCAGCUGUAAAAGCACCUAUGGAGUUUUCAGCUCAGGUUACUUCUGGGGACUAUAUUCUGUGGAAUACUCUUGGCAAGUGUCCAAAUGUAGCCACAAUAAAAAGUUAAGUAUGAAUGGCCACCGAGGGAUGUCUAAAUGAUGUGGAAUACUCUGGAAUGGUGUUUUUUUCUUUGCCGAGUAUUGUGGAGACAGUAUGUUAUUGAAUCUUUCUCCUAGUGGCCAUUUAGAAAGUAAUAAAUGUUUUUGGAGUUGUAAUUAGGAUGGGAUUAGUUGACAGGAAGUAUUGGUCUCUCAACAAACAUAUACUAUUAUCAGCAUGUUAUGAAAAGUAAAUUUUACCGAUCUAA